AUGCGGCGCUACUCCCUCUCUCCGUCUCCGUCACCAGGCGGCCGAUUCAAGAAGGAGAUCGUGGUGGACGGGCAGAGUUACCUUUUGCUGAUUCGUGAUGAAGGCGGACCCCCCGAGUUGCAAUUUGCCGCCUGGGUGGACGCGGUGGUCUUCGUCUUCAGCCUGGAGGACGAGAUCAGCUUCCAGACGGUGUACAACUACUACCUGCGGCUCUGCAGUUACCGCAACACGAUGGAGGUGCCCAUGGUCCUCGUGGGCACCCAAGACGCCAUCAGCGCCACCAACCCCCGGGUGAUCGACGACUCCCGGGCACGGAAGCUGUCCAACGACCUGAAGCGUUGUACCUACUACGAGACGUGCGCUACCUACGGGUUGAAUGUGGAGCGCGUCUUCCAGGACGGUAUGGCGGCGGAGG